CGCCAUUUUGUAUAUCGCUCUGGUUCACCGUAUAUAGUACUGAGUUUUUUAGUGUCCAUAAUAAAUUUCUCAUAAUCGAGAAAACAUAAACUCUUUAACUCAUAUUACCUCUCGAUCAUUACAAUAUCGUUAGUUUUUACGUAAAUAUGAGCAACUAUCCACUUUGACAACUUUGAGUGAUUGUAUUUAAUAAUUGAAACAAUAAUAACAGAGCUACAAUAAUUAUUACAAUAAUGUUUAGCAUUAAAAAAUUUUUAACGCGCAUGACGUAGAGCUGAGCAAUGAAAAAAAAAUUUUUCAAGCGGUGACUCCAUAAAUAUAAUACACAUACGUCUAUUAUUAUUUUAAUUGUGAUUGAGGUGCUUAACAAGUAGUUUUCGAGUGUUAUCACUUAUUUAGCCUCUUUUAUUACUUUUAUUAUUAUUAUUUUCCUUUACAAUGUUAUCAUAACAGCACUACACCUCUUCACCGUGAUAAUAGUGGCUAUUAUUAUUGGAUUUGUACAUAAACAAUUGAAAAAGUUUAAAACAUAAUUAUUGUUUUAAAUUUAGGUACAAAUAUGUGUCAUUAAUUUAAAGAUCAUGAGAAGAAUUGUUAAAUUGUAAACAAAUUUUUUAGUAAUAAACAUUCAUAAUGUCCGGACAAAGUGGAGGCGGUGACGGCGGCGGCAGUGGAAGAAUUCGCUUAGCAAAUUUAAAUGACCAGUUGACAUGUAAAUUGUGUAAUGGGUAUUUUAUCGAUGCUACAACAAUUAUUGAAUGCUUACACUCGUUUUGCCGCAGCUGUAUUGUCCAUUAUUUGGAGAGUAAUAAAUAUUGUCCAAUAUGUGAGGUCCAAGUACAUAAAAGUAAACCGUUACUUAACAUAAGACCUGAUCAUACAUUACAGGAUAUUGUUUACAAGUUGGUGCCCGGAUGUUAUCAAAAUGAAAUGCGUUGUCGCAGAGAAUUUUACGAAAACCACCCAGAUGCUCAGCUAUCAACAAUGUCACCAGAGGCUCGCGGUGAGCCAAUAGAAUCUCACAUCUACUCUCCCGACGAAGUGCUGACUCUAUCCCUAGAGUAUUACAAUCCUAAUUACACCGACACCGCAGGCGUUGGAGUAGUGAUACCUCUCAACGAAACAAAAGAAUUAACAGCAGCGUCAAUAUCAUCAAGCGCGGGGUCAGGAGCUGGUAUCGGGUCGAACGAAACCUUGCCGCGGCGAUACCUCCGCUGUCCCGCAGCAGUAACAGUGUUCCAUCUGCAAAAACUAAUCCGCGCAAAAAACGGUCUUAGCGACGUGCAUCGCGUGGACAUAAUGUACAAAGAGGAGUCACUGUGCGGUAAUUACACCCUGAUGGACGUGAUGUAUAUCUACCACUGGAGACGAAAAGUCCCUCUGCAUUUGAGCUACCGCAUAUUCGAGUCAUCGCCCAAGCGUCUGAAGCUCUCCGACGACAAUGUUGAGUACCGCGAGUCGCUUUCUAAAACCGGAAUUGACUUUGUUCCCACAUCGACGUCUUCGACGUCAACAUCAACUUCGUCUGGCGCGUCAACCUCACCGACGAGUAAAGAUUCUAUCAAGAGCGAGAGCAAAAAGGACGAAUGGAAGGAAGUACAGCUAAAAAUUUCCGAAACUGGAGAAACUAGUGUCACGGUUAUCACCAAUUCGGAUUUGAAAAAAUUGUCUAAAUCAGGAUCUGCUACUUACACGCGUGCUAGUGAUUCCCAGAAUAAAAAUUCAGUCAAGGCGGAACCGGCUGUAGACUCUAAUUCCAAAAUUAAAAACGAGGAUAAGCCCAAGGAUAAAUCCUUGGAAGAAUCUAACAGCAAACCCAACAACAAUGAAGCAUCUGUUAAGCCAGAGAAAGACAAGAAUAAAAAUGACAAAAGCGAAGCAACUUCUACAACUGCUGGUGGUUCUAAAAUAGAUGCGCUGAGUGUUAAAUUACAAUUCCAGCCGAAAGUAGGCCAGGUUAACAACACUUAUUCCAAAAGAACACCAAAAGACAAGUCUAAAGUUACGAUUACUGAAAAUAAAUUGCUGAAAAAAUCAGACGCGCGAUUGCUGACCGAUGGCCAGAAAACAAAAGCUGGUGAGAAAAAUCGCGGAGCUGCGAGCUCAAGCACACCUACGACGCCCACUUCAAAGCCUCUGACGUUUACUUUAGUAUCAUUUCCUCCCCAGAAAAAUACAGACGGGGACAAGGAACCUCCUGCGAACAAGCGCAAGAAUGAUGUUAAUUAUAAUCAAAGAUCUGGGUUAACAAUAACAACAACAACUUGCACUUCUUCAUUUUCUUCUAUUUGUACUGUGGCGAGUGGAAAAAAUUCACGACAAAAUUCAUCAAAUGAAGCUAGUGCUGAAGCGAGUGCGCACGCCCAAAAAAGUUCACACCCUCUUUUUCCGUACACUGUUCAAGAUUUAGUGUCUAACGCUAAGAAGUCGGGUACGAAACCAAACGAAUCGCCGCUGCACACUCCUACUGUCACUUAUUCAAUAACAACAGCCUCUACGACGACAUCUUCAUCGAGCUCUGGAAGUGGAGGUAAGACUCCAAUUUACACGAGUCCAUGCAAUAACAAAAGCAACGAUGUAAAUAGUAAUUCAAGUAAAAUAAAUAGUAAUAGUAGUAGUAAUAGUAUUAAUAAUAUAAAUCAAAGUGGAGGAAGCACGAUAAUAGUGCCCCCUUGUCCCGAUGCGAUACCAAUAGCGCUGAUGAAACCGACGGUUCGUAAGACAGAGAUACUUACCAAAGGAACAAAUCUCAAUGAGAUAUGCGCUAAAAUUGGUGGUAAUGCCGCUGCUUCGGUAACAAACACAUCGUCUGCAUCUACGGGAGCAACUCCGUCGUCAUCUUCAUCGCCUUCAGGCUCGAAAAUAAAUGAUAUUUGUGCUAAAAUCGGUGAAAAUACCAAGGAGAAAAAUAGCAGACUAGAAACAAAAUCACGUCCUGAGAUUCCGGAUUUGCUGAAAAUUACCAAGAAAUCAAUGGCAUCCACUAAUACUAAUGAUAUCAACACCAAUGCGCUGAUAAAGCAUAUUGCUAAUAUACCCAAUAUACCAAUUUACACACCAAGUUUGUCAGUAUCUGAAUUAAGGAACAAUUCAGGCAGUGGUAGUACGACCUAUUCGAGAGAUUAUUUAAAAAUGUCACUGUCUACGCCGAGUAUCACUGUGACUACAACAACAUCUACGUCGCCUAGUACUAAUCUGACGCCUACCACUUCGUCUAUCACCAUAACACCAGCUUCGUCUAUGGUCAUUACCGCAACUUCUACUCAGCAACAAAAUUCGAGUUUUCAGCGCAAGAGAGCUACGUCGAAGAACAAUACUGGAAACAACAAUAGUGGCAGUGGAACCAGUUCGAUGAGUAACUACAAAACACUCCGCGAACCACCCAAGCCAUGGAAUACUUCAUUAUCAAAAAAUAACUACGUUGCUGCGAAGAAUCAAGCUGCUAAGGAAAUGCAGAACCAAACGCAGGCGAUUAAUGCUGGCUCGGAACAAAGUGACGGUAAAUCAAUAGCAUCUAAACCGGCAAAGAUAUUCAAAAUGCGAAACGUACCUAGAUUUUUGGGCAACCCUGCGUCUGGAGUCAAGCCGAUGUACAAUAUCGAGUCUAAAGACAAAGAUUCAUCGUCUUCUUUGUCAGCAACUGGAAACACAAAGUUAAAUUCCAGCGGAUUGAGUAUGACUAAAAUAGAUCCCAAGACACUGUCACCAAUAACGAUAACAUCUCGUGCUAAUACUAAUUCUCCGAUAAUAACACCGCCACCUUAUUCACCAAAUACAUCGAGUAGUUACCAAAACACCCCGUUUUCACGCGGUGGCGCUAGUGGUAGUACCGCUGGUAGUAAUACCACUGGUAUUAAUUCUCCUUUGUCACCACGUAAUUCUCCAGUUAAUUUAUUAUCAACUAGUCCAUUUAUACCUUCACAGACACCAAAUACAAAUCCACGAUUAAUUUACACUCAUUUUCAUCCCUCAGUGCAACCACCACCGCAAUAUUCAAACGCUGACUUGGUUAGGUUCUCAACAAAUCCCUUGAUAAGGACUAAUUUGAGCUGCUUGCCAGCAGCGCCACCUAACGCGGCGUUCCACAGCAGCUUACCACCAGCAAUUAGCAAGUUCUUUCAACGGACCAUCAGUUAUGUACCACACACCACCACUGUAACUUAUUCUCAGCAAGGAUUAGCGAGUCAGUCGGUGGCUAUUCAGAGAAUAUUGCCUAAUAUUAAUAACUUCACCACUGCUUCUUCAUCUUCGCUAACCUCAACUUCGAGCAAGACAUCAAAAACUUCUGCUAUUGCUAAUUCACAGAGCUUCAACUCGGCUAAGACCGAGUCUAACAGAGAAAUCGGUCAUUUGAUAAAAACUACUGAAAAUAGUGCGUUCAAUCUUUCUACUGCGGUUUCUACUGUUUCAACAGUUACUACUACUUCUAGCAGUAGUGUAAGUAGUGUAAGUACCAGCUCGAGUAGUAAUUAUGCCUCGGAUUUGUCGAAGAACUCGCCGACAAAAGGGUCAGACGCUAAGAGUGGUCAGAGUGCGAGUAAAAAUGUGCCUUGUGACAGUAGUAGUAAAGGUAAAACUGAUGGCAAAGAAGAAAUGAAGAAAGAAGAUAAAGACAAAGAUAAGGAUAAGGAUAAAGAUGAAAGAAAGGAAGAUAAGGUAGAGGAUAAAGGUAAUAAUAAAGAUAAAGAUCAUGAUAAAACUGAAGAGGUUAAGGAACAAACUAACCCAGAGGAUGACAAAGCUGAAGAAGAAAUCAACAAAGCUAAAAAAAAGGUCAAAGAUGAGAAGAAACCGAUCAAGAGGCUUAAAAAAGAUGAAGAGGAAGAGAAAAAGAAUGAUGAGAGUAAAGAAGAAGUCAAGGAAGAGUUGAAGGUUAAUGGAAGUUCUACGUCAACUACUAGCGCUUCUGCUGCUUCUGAGUCUGCUGAUAAAAAGGAAGAACAAACGGCAAAAGAAACUAAUCCGGUUAAGGAUGAUACCAAGGCUGCUGUAGCGAGUAAUGAUAAGGAGGAGACGAAUGAAGCUGGUGAUAAGGAAAAAAAAAGCACAGAGUUAAAUGAAUCAAAUAACAAAAGUAAAGAAGUUAAAAUUAACAAAUCAGCUCUUAAUAGCGAGUAAUGAAGGACAUUAUAAUUUUAUUUAAUUACUUAGAAUUUUUAUUAAUAAUGGAGGAAAUACAAGAUUAUAUAUAAAUAUAUAUAUAUACAUAUAUUAGUUUAUAUAACUAUUAUUUUUAAAUUGUCUGAUGAGUAAAUUGAAAAUCCGGCGCGUGUGCAAUUAUUUGAUGUACGCGUGCAUUUUUUAAAUAAUUAAUGGAUUUAUCAUUGAUCAAGUAGACGGUAUGAUAUAAUUGGUAAUUAAUAAUAAAUUAUCCUCUGGUGUAAAGGCUUGUAAAUUAAUGUAAAUAUUACACGCAUGGAUGACAGAUAAUUUUUACACGUCGUAGAAUAGUUUAUAUUAUAUUAUACUUUGGGGGGCUUUUUACGAUUUUAUUUUUUUAAUUAGAUUUUCUUGCUAUUGAUUAAUUUGUAAUUUUUUAAUUUUUAUUUGCUGGAUAAAUGCUUGGGAGUUGAUAGUGUUUUACACACUAAUUAUAUUAGUUUAUUGAUUAUAAUUAUUGUAUGACAGGUAAAAUUAGUGAUCAUGAUUGCGUUAAAACGUACUCAUUAGCAACAGAUGUACACAUUUAUUAAUGAAUUUUAUUAUAAUUUAUAUUUAAUAUAAAUAAUUGAACAUAUUAACAUAAUUAACUUUCUUUUAAUCACACAUUUACACUUGAUUAUAUCCAAUGCAAUGUAAAUUAUGUCCGAAUUCAAAUGAUAUGUAAUAAUGAUUAACUGUGUGUGAUUUCAUAAUAAAAUAUUAUACAAAUUUAAA